GCAAGUUAUCUAGUACAGGUACAAAACGUCAAUACAUUUAUUGUCAGUCGAUUUAAUAAGCACGUGAAAAUUGGGAGAACCUACGAAAUGGUUAUAGCUGCACUUUAAAAACUUAAAAUGCCCGAAAACAGCUAGCCAAUCUUAUUAAUUUGCAAUAAAAGCAUAAUAAAAUUCAUCAUGAUAAUGAUACAACGCCUCAAAACAUGCUCCAAAUGUCAACAGGGAAUCCAGUUUGUUUGCGAAAAAUGCCAGAAUAAUUUUUGUAGACAAUGUGUUAACCAGCACGUGGAUGAAUUCAGACAUCUCCACCAUUCCAUAGUACUGUACAGACACAAGAAGUCUAAUAUAGACAUUCCAUUCUGCAGCAAGCAUCCUUGUUACAAACUUGAUACUUUCUGUCGACAAUGCAACGUUCCACUUUGUCUAAAAUGUUGGAGUUCAUCUAAAGUCCAUGUUAAACAUGCUUUUGGUUACAUGCAGGAAUUCAUAGAAAGGCAAAAGAAACAAAUUUUAGCAGAUUCCGAUAUCUUAGUAUCAACUAUCAUGCCAAAACUGCUAACGGAAAAAACGUCAUUGAAAAAACAGUACACAGAUGCAAACAAUGAAAUUGAUGUAGUGUUAAAGAAAGCAGAGGAAUUAAAACACAGUAUCCUCGAGAACAUUAACAAUGUUUUUACUAGUUUUCAAAAACGAAUGAAUGUUGAAAAGGACAUUAUACAAUCAAAAUUUCAAAACCAGAAUGUUUCUGUGAAUGAAGCUUAUUCUAAAGCAUCACAGGAGCUUCAGAAAUAUCGUGAUAUAAUUCAUUUGGAUGAUGAAAAGGAUACUUUAAAGAUGAUAUUAAACUUCAAAAAGGAUGACCAGGCAUUCCCCAUCAAUUGCCGUUUUUCCUGUGACUUUCAAAAGAAUAUAAAAUCUCCCAUUGUUGUCCAAGGGAAGUUUCUUAGUCUGGUACAAGAAGUUCAUGAUGGUGAAUUCGGAAACCUUGAGGUUGAUCUCCAUUAUAAUUCUGCAGAAGACACGGUCUCCCAUGAUGGGCCAGGACUGCUAAACAAAGCUUUAGUUAUAAAAACGAUUCAAACGAAGAUCACAAACAUUUUCCGUUUUGUGUGUGAAGGAUCUAAAGUGUGGAUAAACCAGUACACGAAACCAAUAAUUUACCACUUACAUCUAUUGGGUGAUUCCACCGAUGAAAAAGGUAAUAAUGAAAUGAUGUGUCCAGUUCCGCCAAGUGAUAUUACGAUGGUCGACCAUGGAAUAUACUACAGUGGGGAAAGAGAGGGUAUUUUCAGCGUGAAAGAUGGUGUGUCAAAACUGCUUCUAGCAAAACGUGAUUGGUGGACCGAAGGACUCUGUGCAACAAGUACAGGCGGACUUCUGGUUUGUGUAUCCAAUAUGUUUUCAGAGGAGGUUAAGAUUAUCAGAUGUGAUAUGUCGAAAAUAAAAGGGGAAUUGAUAAUAAUUCAAGAAAUUCAGUUUAAUGGAGAGAAACCUUUGUUUCAUUUUGGAGAUUGUGGACACUUUGUUGCAGAGAAUAAAAAUGGAGACGUCUGUGUCUCCGAUGGUAAUGCUGAUGCAGUCAUUGUAGUUGACAAGGCAGGGAAGUUCAGAUUUAAGUUUCAAGGAAGAGUUAUAUUUCUCCAAAAAAACUUUAUCCCCGACCAAAUAACUACAGAUUCUAUAUGCAAUAUUAUUGUAACUGAUUAUAUAAACAAUUGUUUGCACAUUCUUGAUCAAAAUGGUUUGUAUCUAAAACGUGUGGACAAUUGUGGAUUAGACGCUCCUAUCCCUUUAGAUAUUGACGAGGAAGGUAAUCUGCUGGUUGGGAACUACCUCACCGGGCAGAUUAAAGUGAUACGAUAUCGCAAAUGACGGUUGAAAUAGAAAUAUCAAUCAAACAAUAUCCUGUAAUCAGGCUUUAUCCAAUUUUUUAACACUUUCUUCGAAAACAUUAUUUCUGUUUAUUUAGAUUUCUGCAGAAUUGAGUUCCUUUUUUCAUACCGCCGGAUUGAAAAAUGUCGUGGUCAAUGUCCAAACAUCUGAGCUUUUUUUUGGUUUGUUUGUUUGCUUCUUGUUAAACGUCCCUCUCGAGAUGUUUUCAUACACAAAGAGACGCCAUCACUGGUCGUGGGUAGCUGCAAAUAUUGACCAAUACGCGGCACUUUAAGUCUCGGUUUAAAAAGUCUCAUCCGAAGGACCGGCCUCUACUAUCCACUUUGAUGCUACAAUGUUGAUUUUACAGGGUAUAAUUUUAUAAAAUUUUAUAUUUAGUUGACUGUUGUAUAUAAAUGGUAUCUACAAGGCAUUUCAUACAUGUACUUUUUAAAACAGAAAGUUCAUCAAAGAUAUGAAACCCUGUCAAAGUCUAAGCCUUAUACAUGUACAAAUUCUUUCUUUUAAUAACACGUGUUCAAAAGGGUAUCAAUGCUAGAAGAAUUCCCUAAUUUUAGUCUUUUAUAUAUAUAUGUGCAAUAAAUAUUUGAACCUAAUACAAGUGUACUAGUAUACUGAAUUGUAUAUGCAUAUUAAAUUAAAAUUUUAGGUACCUAGGUGUUGUGUAUGGAAUUUAUUUUUGAAGUGGAUAUUAUCAUUUUGAUUCUCAUAUUUAUGAAGUACCGGGGUACUUAAAAUGCACGUUUUGAAGCAGAAAACAAGAGUUUAACCACAAGGGCUACAUCGAUACCAUGUACUAUACAAAUAGAUUUAUAAUUAUGUACAUACAAGGAUUGUCCGUAAAGUUCGUGUACACGCUAAAAUUUAAAUAAAAGUGG